AAAAAAUAUCACAACAGCAAGAGGAGCGUCGGUUGUGAGUACGGUCCGUACUACCACAAUCCGGAUGUAGACUCUAUCCUGAAAACAAGAGAAAUAAAACAAAUCAGGGAAGCGCCGGUUGUGGGAACGGUCGGUUCCGUCACAACCCGGGUUGCAGGCCCUUGGCAAUUCAACAAGCAUCAAACAUCAAAUGAGCAGGAGAGCAAUGGUUGUGAGAACGGGCGGUUCUGACACAAGCCAUAUGCAGAUCCUCAAGGCGAACACCAUCAAUAACCAACCAACAUCUCAUCGCAGAAGGGAAGCGUCGGUUGUGGGAACGGUCGGUUCCGUCACAACCCGAUAAGCAGGCCCUGGGAAAAUGAUUGGAUCAACUGGAGAUGUCCGAAUCACCAAAGCGUGAGAAUACUUUAAAUGGAACUACAUUUUGAAAAGUUAUCAAAAAUAUUAAAUAAUUUAUCAAAAGCCCCAACUAGGAGGUAUAGAAAUAGUACAUUAAUUGCCAAAUUACACGAGGCUAAACAAGUAUAUAAUGCAGCAAUAAUCGAGAUAGAACUCUAUAAGGAGUCGGAACAAUUACAAUUAUUGAAGAAUUUAAGAUAUCUCUACGGAGAAGCAUAUACAAAACUUACGGCACGGCUCGAUAAUAAUAUUGAGCCGCUUUCUUUUAAAAAUUUAGUGAACGUAAUACUAACAAUUAAUAAGCUAUACAGAAAGGUAAAAAUGGCGAAUACAUUAGAUUUGUCAUUAGCUAUUCGCGUCGUGGGUAAAUACGACGGCGACGCAGCCGAGUUGGAAAACUGGCUCAACGACGUGACGGUUCUCCGAGCGGGGCAAUCAACUGUCGAUGAAGCGGUGUUUGUUCAAUUUAUGAACAACCGUUUAACUGGUGCCGCCCGCGGUGAGUUAACGGGAAUAGCUACCAUUAUAGAAGCACGAAAUACCUUAAGAUCGCGAUUUGGGAUUAAAUUAACCCCAGUUGCCGUGACAGCCGAGUUACGGGGGUUGAAACAAAAAGGCAAAUCUUUAGUCGAUUUCGGGAAUGAAAUCGAGAAAGUGGCAGCUAGGUUAGCCGCAGCGUGGGUAUCGAAACAACCACAACUUUUCCCAACUGAGGCAGCCACGCGGCCCAUAGUCGAACCAAUUGCUGUAGAAGCUUUUAUAAAUGGUCUUAAGGAUCAAUCGAAAGUAUUGCAAAUGCGGUCAAGGAAUCCGGAAACCUUAACCAAAGCAUUGUCGGAUGCUCUGGAGAUACAUGCGCAGCCCAUGCCCGAGGAAGUCAUGUGGACCUAUGCCAGUUAUAGUAACCCAGGUAAUAAUAAAAACAGAGGAAAUCGUGGUUAUCAAAAUAACCAAAAUAGAAACUAUGAACAACAAAAUGGUAAUCAGCAAGGUUACAAUAACCAGCAGCAGCAAGGCUACAACUCGAAUCGAGGCCACCGUGGAAAUCGAGGUUAUCAACAUAACCGAGGAGGUGGUAAUCGAGGAGUUGCUAACGUGGUAUCAAACCAGAUCCUUCGAAAAUUGAAAUAAUUAAAAAAUGGAGCAGCCCUAAAACGGCUGAUGAAGUAAAGAGAUUUGUAGCUUUUUCUAAUUACUAUAGAAAGCACAUCAAAAAUUUUGCCAAACUUUGCAGUCCUUU